AUGGGAAGGGGUAAGAUUGAGAUCAAGAGGAUUGAGAACUCAAGCAACAGGCAGGUGACCUAUUCUAAGAGAAGGAAUGGGAUCAUCAAGAAAGCCAAGGAAAUCACUGUUCUUUGUGAUGCCAAGGUUUCUCUUAUUAUCAUUAAUCCUAGCUCUGGGAAAAUGUCUGAGUACUGCAGCGGCUCUCAAGAAACGUUGCUGGAAAUCUUAAGCAGAUACCAUUCACAAACUGGGUUGAGGUUGUGGGAUACCAAGCAUGAGAACGUUUCCAAUGAAUUGGAUAGAAUCAAGAAGGAAAAUGACAACAUGCAAGUCCAUCUCAGGCAUCUUAACGGGGAGGACAUAACAUCCAUGAACCACAUUGAGCUGGGGGACUUGGAGAAAUCACUCGAGAACGGCCUUACUGCUGUCAGAGACAAGAAGACAGAGGUCGCCCAGAGGCAUAGAGACAGUUACAAAGCUGUGGAGGCCGAGCAUGAUCGCCUCAAUUAUGAGCUGCACAAACAGACGAUAAAAACUGAAGACAAUAACUUGAGGGACAUAGAGUAUCAACAGAGGAUGUCCCAUAUGUCAUUCUUCAGGCUCCAGCCUAUUCAGCCUAAUCUCCACCACGACUGCUAAAAAGAGUGGAAGUUAUUUCGAUCAUCAAGAACUAAUAUGCUUUAUAUCGAUCAGUUCAGUUAAAUUUCAUGGUUUGUAACAUUAUCCAGUGCACUUAGUGGUUAACUACUUAAUCUUCUUAAUUAUGACUAAUUAGUUAUUAGUGAUGAUCGAAGAACUUGUAAUAAUAUUGAUCGAGGUGUGUCUGAACUACAUUCGACAUACUAUCACUCUGAUCUUGUUAGGCACCUGUGCUUGCUAGUACUUCUACUGCACUUUAUAUAUAUGUGCGUUAAUAGCCGAGUAUGUUUCUC